AUGCGCUCCAUCCUCUCUCUACUUCUCGUUGUAUUUCUCGUCAUGCAGAAUGGCGGCGUUACCUCCCAACAAGUCAAAGCGCAGCCAACCAUCCUAUAUGUUCCAGGAGCGUGGCACCAACCAAUCAUCUUUGACAAAGUGAUUGCAAUCCUCUCUAACGAAGGCUUCGGGAGUCGGAAGAUUAGCCUAGCUUCUGUUGGAAGGUCGCCACCAGUCACGUCUCUUGAGCCAGAUGUUGAGGUUAUUCGGAACACAGCUCUCGCGGAGACGCAACAAGGUCGUAACGUGGUUGUGGUUUGUCAUUCGUACGGAGGUGUGCCGACAAACCAGGCUCUCAGGGGUCUAGAUAAACCCCAAAGUCCUGGAGGAGGGCGAGUUUUGGCCAUCGUCUAUAUUGCCAGUUAUAUAAUUCGUGAGGGCGUCGCUGGAAGUGAAGCAGUCGAGGCUCAAGGCGGCAGCCCCAAUUCCCUCGAGUACGAAUUCUUGCCUGACGGAAAUGUCUUCUUCAAAAACACCAGCAAUCCAGCCGAGGUGUUUUACAGUGAUCUGUCGGCCCAGGAAGGCAAGUUCUGGGUCAGUAAACUCCAACCUCAGUCAGGGGCGACGUAUACGGCGGCGGCGAACUAUGCAGCUUGGAAGGACAUCCCGUCCUGGUAUCUCGUCACUGCACAAGACAAGACAUUGAGGCCCGAAGUCCAGCGAGGUUGGAUCAGAGAAGCUCGAGAAUACUUGGACCAACUUGGAGGUCCCGGUACAGGAAAUCAAAUGAUAAUAAGUCAGGAGAUUAAUGCUGGUCAUUGUCCAUUUUUGAGCCGCCCCCUGGAGACUGCGCAGUUCAUCAAGAGAGCAUGCGAUGCUUGCAAGAAAUGA